UAUUAUAACGUUGAAUUUUCAGCUAUAAAUUUACCUUGCUUCCUUGUUUAAAAAAAACGACAUUACCCAUGAUUCAAUUCGAAAAUAUAUGGAUCCGGGAACGAUAGAUACAAACAUUGGUGUCCAGGUAGCGGAGUCAGUUUAUUUCACAACCCCUUUACUGGCAAACGUCAACAAGCCAUUAGAAAGCCUCCUAGAUCUACAAAUGGCGUCAGAAAGCCCAAGUGCUGCCUUAAAUUGUACGGAGAACCAGAGGGACGGAGAUGGGAGCUCUUUGACGCCCAUCACCCUGACAGACUCACAGGAAAGUAAUGCUGUUGCUGAAACUGACCGAGACACAAUGGAGUCUGCAGAGCAGAAGGAGGAAUCAAAAGUGUGCCAGUUUUUCCAGAUGGGAAAGUGCCGGUUCGGAAGCAAAUGCCGUUUAUCACACAGUGACUCAUCACCGUAUGAAUCGGCAGCUCCAUCCGCUGACAUAGAUGACCAACAGAAUGUCGAGAAUUUGGAGAAACACAACAAGAAGAAGGGCACUGUGAACAAAGGGGCAAAGCCUAGAGACAACAAGGAUAAAGCAGAUGUGAACAAAAAGCCCCGUAUGCGCACAGCUGACGAUGUUAUCUCUCGCAUCCUGUGGGACCCAUCAGUAGAAGCUUCAGAUUUUGUGGUGGGCUACAUAGACCGCUUCCUUGGCAUUCUGGAGCGGCCUUUCUGUGAAUUCAACUGGGACACCAACCCCUGUGAUUGUGACUACUCCACUGAGUUGGCUCUGCCCAGACACAGGAUCCAAUACUUUGCCUACAAAGGGCACCACGUUUGGGACCGACACAGCAGAACUGACAGGGUCUUUGGUUCCACCGGUCAAUCUUUGGCUCCCCCCUUUGGAAAGGAGGAGGAAGUAAAAGAGGAGAACCAUGCAGAGGAUCAAGAAGAACAAGAUGUUGGUUCUGAAAAGACAGAGGAGCAGACAGGUGCAGCAGGUGGUCGGGAUGAGGGAGAAACUCCUACCAGAACCAGGCAUGAAGAGGAGCUGGAAGAGAUUCACGCUUCUCAGAAACAAAAGGAAGCUUGUGGAUCAUGUGUUGCAGAGGAGGCUGAAAAUAGACUCCAGCCAUCAUCCGAGCAAGAGUCAUCAUUUCAGGAAAAGGUCAUGAAGCUGAAAGAGGAAGAAGAAGAGCGGCUUGAUGAAGCCUGCGAAGAAAGAUUAGAAGCCGGCAAAGAGACGCAGAAUCCAUCUCUGAAGCAGGCAGAGCAGAAGAGUGGCAGUCGUCCUCCAAAGAAAAAACCCACUCACUUCAUCACCUUCCGGGCCAACACCCCUGCUAUCCUCUCCAGUUUCCAGCAGCUGCAGGAGGAGCUUACUGCCCUCCUUCCCUCCUCUGCUCCUUACUGGCACGCCGCCUCGAUGCUCCAUGUCACCCUGUGCCUACUGGUGCUUGACGGCCCAGCCGAGGUGGCAGCUGCAGCCGAGAUCCUCCGCAGGUUCGCCCAGCUGGAUCGCAACCCGCCCGUGGCGGUUACCUUUCCAGGGAAGCUGAAGCAUUUCAAUGGCAAGGUGCUUUACCUGAGCCCCAACCCUCGGCUGUCCCUCCACCAGCUGAACUCAGGCCUGCAGGAGGCCUACAGGAAGGAGGGCUGGCUACACAGGCACUCCUACAAUCCACAGUACCACCUCACUCUGGCCAAGGUAGACAAAAGUGAGGAGGAAAGGAUUUUUGAAGGAGUUGGGGACUUGAAGGUGGGGAAGGGUUUUAAUUUUGGUCGACUACCAGUUAACACCUUACAUCUCUGUAGCAUGGGAGGCUCCGGACUGAACGGAUUUUAUGAUAUUGUUUGCACAGUUACUCUUCGGUAAGGAAAGUGCACUUCAUUACAUGAAUGAAUCUCACUCUAUCCAGCAGUGCAUAAAUAGUGUGUAGUGUAGAAGUGGUUUGGUGCAAUAGGGUGUUUACUUCCUUUAUUUUUGAAUAAUCACUUUAGACUUAUUCAUUCAAAAGCUGAAGCUUACUCAGUCUUUUUAUCAAUUUUAAUUAUAAAAAUUGUACUUUAUUGUGUAUGUUCCACUAAAUUACCACAAGCUGAUAAUUUAAAUGCUCAGGGCUCUUUUCAUAUUUUGAUAUCACUUGGCUUGAAUUCAAGAAAUGUUAUAAAACUGCCAAAGAAAUUACAAGUUUAAUUUUAUAUUCACUUAGUGCAAUUCGUUUUUCUUGUGUGACAGAUUUUCAUUCGUUUUUAGGGUAUAUCAAAGCAAGAGAACGGUUUUAAAUUAGAGCUGAAGGGGAGACAUUUUGCAAGGAUUUUUUCUGUUUAGUUUUAAAGGUAUAACGAAUAAAUGAGGGGGAGAGAAAAGGUGUGAAACAUGAAAGUUUCCCACAAUAUGGUGAAUAUCCAAGCCCAGUCAAAGACUGUGAAUAUAAAAGGAACACAAAAACAACAAACUUUAGACUUUAUUGGAAGUUUUAUUAAGGAAGUCACUAAAAUGUGUUACUGUUGCAAAAGCAGGUCUGAUUAUUUUUGAACGCAAUGAUGUCUUAAUUUAAAUUAUAAUGUAUAAAGAAAGACGUUUACAGAAAGAUGCUAGGGUAUACUGUAGAAACAAACAUGCUUUUUACUAGAGCUUAGAUCACUUGUUAGACGUUUCAAAAAGUCUAUGCAUUGUUCUCAAGAUAAAAACAAUCCCACUAAAGUUUGGAAAUUCCCAUCAGAGUCUUCACAUAUCAAGCUGUUUGGUUUCUGACACAGGAAUCUGUUUGAAAUAAUGGGGACAUGAUGGUGUUACUCAAUUGUUUGAGAAUUAAGCUUUUAACUUUGAGGAUGUAAUCUAAAAAUUACAGAAAUAAAUCACUAGAAGGUUAUAUGCAAACUAUGGUUUCUGUCUAAAUUUAAAGGAUGUGUUCUAUGUGGAUGAUGGUUCUAGCUCUUGACUAACAAAAGAAUGGUUCUCAUUGGAAGGCUUUUUAAAUUUAAUAAUCAAAAUGUAUUAUGUUCUUUUUUUUGAGUAAUUUGAUCAUUAAUAUUGUGUAAUACUGUGUCUAACAAGAGCAAUGACUUUUUAUUCUUCUACCAAUUAUUACAACUGCUAGUUUGCUUUUCCAAUUAAACACUAAAUGAAUGAUAUUUAA